AUGAUGCAAAUGGUUAUGGAAAAUGACUCUUCAGUAUCUGAGUUCAUUCUUAGAGGACUGACAGACCAAGCUGAGCUCCAGCUGCCCUUAUUUAUUCUGUUCUUGGUGAACUACACAGCCACUGUGAUAGGAAACUUGGGCUUAAUGAAUCUCAUUUGCCUAAACUCAAAUCUUCACACUCCCAUGUACUUUUUUAUCUUCAAUCUGUCCUUCAUUGAUUUCUGUUAUUCACUUGUCUUUACUCCCAAAAUGCUGAUGAGUUUUGUUUUGGAGAAGAACACCAUCUCCUUCAGAGGAUGCAUGACUCAGCUGUUUUUCUUCUGUGUUUUUGUGAACUCAGAGAGCUAUGUGCUGACAGCCAUGGCCUAUGAUCGCUAUGUGGCCAUCUGUCAUACAGCUAUCAUUGUAUGCUGCCUCAUUAUCUUUAUCUCAUAUGCUAUGAUCCUUUUCAAUAUCAUUCAUAUGUCAUCAGGUAAGGCUUGGUCCAAAGCCCUGGGCACUUGUGGAUCUCACAUCAUAACUGUUAGUCUCUUCUAUGGAUCUGGGCUACUUGCUUAUGUCAAACCAUCAUCUGCUGAGACUGUUGGCCAGGGAAAAUUUUUCUCAGUGUUUUAUACCUUAUUGGUCCCCAUGUUGAAUCCUCUUAUUUACAGCCUCAGAAACAAAGAUGUCAAGCUUGCUGUGAAGAGAACCUGGCAGAGACUCACAAGCUGA